AGUUCUUCUCUGUAAAAAAAAAAACAAAAACGAAGAAGAGGCAGCAGCACAAAGAAGAAGCUAGAAAACUGGGGAGAAGCAAAUUCAAUGGCAUCAUUGAAUGCCUCUGAAGAUCAUCUUCCUCAACAAGAACAAUUACCACAGACGUCUUAUACGGGUGAAGGCAACAGUAGUUUGUAUACAACUUCUGGAGUGAGUUCUGAAGUGGGUUGGUAUGUGCUUGCCCAAGAUCAACAACAACUAGGCCCGUAUACAAUAUCUGAAUUGCGUGAGCACUACUCUGCUGGAUACCUACUGGAGAGUACACUAGCAUGGUCGGAAGGAAGGAGUGAAUGGCAACCACUUUGCUCGAUUCCUGGAUUGCUGACUGAUGAAGCUGAGCAGAGCACUGGUGAUACAAAUUUAGUUUCUUUGACUUCUAAUGAUCCAUUUGAUGAGUAUGAAAAGUUUCAAAAGGAAGUGAAAGAGGCAGAGGACGAGCAAGCAGUUGAUGAGGAUCAAAGGCCUUCAACUCCUCCAGAUGGUGAAGAUGAGUUCACUGAUGAUGACGGAACUAGGUACAAAUGGGAUAAGGCUCUUAGAGUGUGGGUACCUCAGGAAGAUCCAACCGAGAAAACGGACUAUCGUCUAGAAGAUAUGACUUACGCUGAAGAGGAGGAACUUUUCCCUACAUUGCCCGCUGACAUUUCUUCUGGAAAUGAGAACAAGAACAUGGAUAACACUGAGGCUAAUAAGAAUGCUACAAAUUCAAUUGAAACUGCCGCAGCAAUACAUAAUGGCAAGAGAAAACUGGCUGAUGAGCCUGAAAAAGCUGCUGAAAAGAAGGAAGCGAAUAAACCUCCAGAUAGCUGGUUCGAAUUAAAAGUCAAUACUCAUGUCUAUAUUACAGGCUUGCCAGAAGACGUCACUGUUGACGAGGUGGUUGAAGUCUUUUCAAAGUGUGGGAUCAUAAAGGAGGAUCCGGAAACACAAAGGCCUCGAGUGAAGAUUUAUUUUGACAAAGAAACUGGAAGGAAGAAAGGUGAUGCACUUGUAACAUAUCUUAAGGAGCCUUCAGUUGAUCUAGCCAUUAAAAUUUUGGAUGGUGCACCUUUACGGCCAGGUGACAAAAUUCCUAUGACAGUUACUCCAGCAAAGUUUGAGCAAAAAGGGGAGAGGUUCAUACCCAAGAAAUCAGACAAGCACAGAAAGAAGAAACUCCAAAAAGUUGAGCAGAAGAUGCUUGGCUGGGGUGGUCGGGAUGACUCAAAGAUAUUGGUUCCAGCUACUGUUUUGCUUCGCUACAUGUUCAUACCAGCUGAAUUGCGGGAGGAAGAGAAUUUAUGUUCUGAGCUACAGCAAGACGUCCAAGAGGAAUGUUCAAAGUUUGGUCCAGUGGACUUGGUAAAGGUAUGUGAGAAUCACCCACAAGGGGUUGUUUUGGUCAAAUUUAAGGAUAGAAAGGAUGCACAUAGGUGCAUUGAGUCGAUGAAUGGACGCUGGUUUGCUGGUAGGCAAAUUCAUGGUAGCGAGGACGAUGGAUCUGUUAACCAUGCUUUAGUCCGAGAUAUAGAUGAAGAAACUGAUAGGUUGGAGAAGUUUGGAGCUGAACUUGAAGCUGAUUCAUAGGUGUGCUUUCUGCAUUGUGCAAAUAGUAGCAACACUUAUUUUUGCUUGCUAUGCAACCCAUAUGUCUGUGCAACUCUUUGAACACGAAUCCGUUUUCUGAAAGAUUCUGACUGCCAUACUUCCGUGAGAACUCCAAUAUCUUGCAAAAAGUGUUGAUAGGCGCUGACCUCGUGGCAUGCCAACUAGAUUUGUAAUCGCGAGUAAUGGGUCAUCUCGUAGUUUUCUUUGGAGUACAUGUAACAUGAUCAAUUGGAAUGAGAAAGUAGUCUUUUCUUGGUGAAGUGGAGUAGAACUUUCUCUAGCACUUAAACUUUCGUAACAUGACGUGCUUUGUAAGUAUCGUAGCUACAAAAAUUUGUUUGAUGAUCACUUGUUUUCACUUCCA